CCACCACCUCCACCUCCACCUCCACUACCACCUCCACCACCACCUCCACUACCACCUUUGCUGCUGUUGGUGCUUCUGUCCCUAGCGUCUCCAUCACCACCACCACCGCCGCCGCCGCUCGCUAUCGCCUAGUCUCGUUUCACUUGAUACUCGACUCGUCUUCUCUGCUUAUUCUCCAGCGCCAUGGAUGAGGAGCAGAUCGCCACCCGCGUGUGUGUGUCUGCCUGCCUCAUAGCGUUACCUAGCACCUCAGGACCCUCCAGGCCGCCCCUCGCCGCCUCCAGCACCACCACCACCUUCCUCCCGCCACUGCUGCAGCCAACAAGCCCACACUCGCCCCGACCCUCCACGAUGGUCGGCUCUGAACAGUGAACUGCUUGGCUGAGAUGACAAAAACUACCUUCCAGAUAUGGAGGCUAAAAGGAGAAAAAAUAGAUGACAUGCUGGAAUAAGGAAACCGUCCAUUUUGUGAAGCAGCCAAUGUAAUCGCCAACGCAAGAAUGCAUAUAAGGAAAGAUGCAGAGAGCUUUGAGAUGUGAAGAGGGAGAAUACACUCAUAAGAUCGCGCCAAGCAUAAUGGAUAAGAGAAAGGCGACGCUUCAUCAGCCAAAGCGCAAAAAGGAUCACAGUGACGCUCCACCCAACGAGGAAAGGAACAAGAACGAAGCCUGACGCGGUUUACAGACUGCCUUACAGAUAAUUCCCACUGGCAAUUAUUAUGUAAAAGAUAUGAAGGGAAAAAAACAGCCUUGAGAAAAGAAACACACUUGCAUUCCCUCCGGUAUAUUGCACUGAGUGGAUGAAGGAGAAAAAAAACCUUGAAGAAACAAACUUACAUUCCUUUGAUAUAAAUAUAGCACCGAGUUGAAACGAAAUACCAUAAAAAAGAAAACGGAAAAAAAAACUCGCAUCAAGAACUCGUAGAAAGGAGGUGAAGGCAACUUAUUUUGAAGAAGUCCCUAAGGAUUCCACAUGCCAAAGGGAAGAAGGGACGAGGAAGAUUUCUGUACAUAACAACCCCACUUCGAACCCCCUCUGUCGCCUCUUAGUCUCGUGGGAGGAGGGGUGAAGAGGAGGAAGAUGAGGAGGAGUGGGAAGAGGAAGAGAAGUUUGGAGUGGGCAUAUAGGAGGCCGUCCGAUGAAGAAGGUGUUCGCGAUGUUCGACCAAGGCAAGACGGGCUUCGUGGAGUGCAGCAAGUUCGUCAACAUCCUCAACACACUCGGCCAGGCCUUCGACGAGGAUGAACUCAAGACCAGAAUCGCGGAGAAUGACCCAAAUAAGGAAGGCAAGGUGGACUUCGAUAAAUUCUGCGCCAUCGUCAUGCCCUUCCUGGAGGAGGACGACGACGAGGCGAUGCACGAGGAGCUCAAGGAGGCCUUCAGACUGUACGACAAGGGAGGCGACGGCUACAUCACGACGCAGACGCUGAAGGAGAUCCUGAGGGAGCUGGACAACAAGCUCUCGGAGGAGGACCUGGACGGCAUCAUUGAGGAGAUCGACGAGGACGGCUCCGGGACGGUCGACUUCGAUGAGUUCAUGGAGAUGAUGACCGGCGAGUGAGGACAAAGCUCACCCAAGGACCGCCUCAGCCCCAUACCCCCCCCCCCCCCUUUUCUCUGUCUCAAUUUCGCUCUUGCUCUACUUUUUUGUCUUUCGUUAUAUUGUGGUUGAUUUUAAUUAAAUAAAUCCGCAGAUAUUCCUGGACUAAUUUUUAAUGUUAUUUUUUUUUGUUUCGUUCUCAUAAUAGUUUCAUUUUAUUUCCCGCACUCAUUUAAUUCUUCCAAAUACCACCUUUUACGUCUUCAUUUUCUUUGGUCAUAAUUUUGGUUUAAGUUUUCCCUUCUUGCUUGUUAAUUAUACGCAUAAUCUUACUUUUUUUACUUCUUAAAUCUUUCUCAAUUCCGAUCUCAUGUUACUCCUUAUCUUUAAAUAUUUUCUGCAUAUCUUAAUAUUAAAAAAAAAAGUGUUAUUCCUCAAUGCGUUGUUCUAAACGUAUAAAUGCAUAUGUAUACACAGCUUCUAAAUUCUACCUCAUAAAUUCUAAAUGCUACAUGUGAUUCUGUUUUGAUGAAGGAACAUCUAACAUCACAGUCUCCUUCAGACAAAAACAUCAUCACGUUUACUUCAUAAAUCUUCAGACACCAA